AUGUGGUCUUUCGUUCUUUCAGUUCGAAAGGCAUUCGAGAAAAGACGACUCAAGUCCGUCAAUCUGGACUUUGACGCCCGCGUCCCCAUCCCCUUCAGUGUCUUCCCGUCGUCGUACCGGAGUGACGCUGUCUCUGAAACUACUCAGACGAGAGUAGAGGGAGAAGUUCAAUUCGAUCACUCUUCGCACGUCGAACGGGAAGAUACUCGACAGGCGGCCCCUCUCCCCGACCAGCGUGUCUACGGAAAGGAAGAAGUCGACUUUCGUGUUCAGGAAGAACGUCCUGCCCCUCGUCGUUACCAAGACGUUGAGUUAACUCGCGAACGCUACCCCAGCCAACAAUCUUCUGUUCGUUUCGAGGAACGUCCCCAGAUCUACGAUCAACCCGUUGUUGAGAACCAGCUCGACAUCACUGAGAGAGACUACCGUCAACGUACCUCUCCCAACUACGACGUCAACGCCUCUUACCAGAGUCGUUACCCCGUAGACCAACCCUUCCAGUACCAGCAGUCGGCCUCUACCGCCGAUUACUCGUACGACCGCGCCAACCAGGGUCACCCCACCGGCGUUUACCAAGGCGAAGACUAUACCCGUCGCGAACUCGAGGUUGAAAGACCCCGUUACAGCAACGCUCCCGUCGACGUUAAGUUCUCCGAGACUACCGUCCGAGACAUCCCUGCCCGCUCUCAAGCCCCAACUUUUGCUCAAGCCGCCCCAGCUUUUGCUUCUGCCCCAUCUUUUACUACUUCUACCCAAGCUCCCGCUCCCCGUUCCACUUCUUCCAUUUCCACUUCCGUUCCCGCUUCCAAGCAAUCUCGCAAGAUGGGUUACUACGACGACGAGGGUCAGUACCACUCCUUCCGCCGCGGCGUGCAGCGUGCCGCCCACCACCUUGCUCACCCCUUUGAAGGCCGUGAUGAGGUUCUCGAGCCCACCCCCAGCUACGAGGGUCCCCGCGAGACCGUCCGUGUCAUCGAGCCCCGUAACCGCGGUACUCCCGGCGAGACCGUCGCUAUCCCCUGCCACUUCGUCCGCAUUGGCGACAUCCUGAUCCUCCAGGGCCGUCCUUGCCAGGUGAUCCGCAUCUCCGUCUCCUCCCAGACCGGCCAGCACCGUUACCUCGGUGUCGACCUCUUCACCCGCCAGUUGCAGGAGGAGUCGAGCUUCGUCUCCAACCCUUCGCCUUCCGUCGUUGUCCAGACCAUGCUCGGCCCCGUCUUCAAGACCUACCGCAUCCUCGACGUCAACGGUGACGGUUCCCUCACUGCCAUGACCGAGUCCGGUGACAUCAAGCAGGCCCUCCCCGUUAUCACCCAGGGUGGUCUGUUCAAGCGCAUCAGCGAGGCCUUCGCCAACGGCCGUGGCUCCGUCCGUGCCCUUGUCAUCAACGACGGUGGUCGUGAGCUCGUUGUCGACUACAAGGUCAUCCACGGCUCCCGCCUGUAA